AUGAAAGUUGGCGAGUGGCUAGGUUUUGCGAUCAACACUAUUACUAUGACGUUUCGGAUUCCCGAAAAGAAGGUCUGCAAGCUAAAGCGGCUUUUGAAUUCCGCCAUUCAAAAAAAGUCAUCGUCCUAUCGUGAAUUAGCCAGGAUCGCCGGUUCCAUUUUUUCCGUUGCGUUAGCGGUUAGACCUAUUUCCUGUCUUCUGACUAGGCAGAUGUACUUAGCUAUAGAGUCUAGGUCGGCUUGGGAUCACAUUUUUCUCUUCCCACCCGCUCCGCCCUAAUUCAUCCACUGUUGUAUUUUCCGACGCAAGAGAUGUCGUUUUCGGAGGCUUUUCCGCCUCCCUGGACGGCACUGUGGCCAGAAGUAUGUUCACGAUCGACGAUUUGAGUCAAAGUUCUACUUUUCGCGAACUGAAAGCUUAUGUCUUGCUUUCCUCUGUUGAGCACCUCAAGCACAAGAGGGUUAAAAUUUUUACCGAGUGCCACCAGGAUAGUUUCUGUUGGUAGCUAUAAGAUCCAUCUUCAGUUGGUGGCUCUAAGCAUUUUUCGUUUUUGUAUUUCACGUGGUAUUGCCUUGGAAGCGCAGUGGAUUCCAAGGUCGCUCAACGAGAGGGCUGAUCUUUUAAGCCAGUUCGUUGACAAGGAUGAUUGGCGAGUUAAUCCCUCCGGUUUCGACUUGUAAAUGCCAAAUGGGGUCCCCACACGAUUGACCAUUUCGCUUCCUAUUAUAACGCUCAGCUUCCGUGUUUUAAAUCCAAGUUUGCUUCUCCUGGUUGCAGCGAUGUCGAUGCCCUGGGGCAGGAUUGGAGUAGAGAGAAUAACUGGGUUAUGGCCAGUUCUCUUGGCUUUUUCCGGUCAUGGGACCUUGAUUAUUCCUGAAUGGCCGUCGGCCUAUUUUUGGCCUCUUUUACGUGAUGGACCCUCAUGGUUUAAGUCAUUGGUCAGGGAGGUUUUUGUGGUUCCCGCCAUAAAGGAUCUUAUUUUGGAGGGCCCAGGUCAGAGGCAGAUCUAUAAGUUGUACCUGUCCGUUUUUCGCGGUUGCCCAAAAUUCAGAAUGUUGGCUUUGCGUGUGGAUUUUGGGUGAGCUUUUGGUGUUUUUAGCCUGAUUUGGCAUAUUUUGAGCCUGAAUUGGGAUAGUUUGAGCCUUAUUUGGCGUGCUUUGAGUCAAUGUGGUCUCGUUGCGCAUGUUUUGUGCCUACAUCGGUAUUAUUUGCUGAAAUUGGUCAUUAGCGAAGUAAUUGUUUGAUUUUCACAAUAUUUUCUUUUCUUUCAGAUGUGCUGAGUUCCGGGAUUUGGCUUCAAGCCACCUCAUUGUCCGAUUCUUCUUUGAGUGACGUGGUUAUAGGCCUUAUUGAUCUCCACUCAGAUGCUAAGGCUCCAUCCACCGUGCAGAAGUACAAGUCUGGCUCGUUGCGGUGGCGCGAGUGGGCUCUGUUAAAGAUUGCUGUUCCC